CAUAAAAUGGGACACACGCAGCACUGAGAGGGAAGGAGAAUGAAUGACCUCGCUCAAACAAAGUGGCUGUGAGCACAAGGAUUUGCGGCAAACUGACUGUGCAGGACCUGCUUCAUCUACGGAAAUCCGGGUGGCGGCCGGUAAGAGCAGAACCAUGGACCUAGGAGAUUGUUUGGCCUGCCGAUGUUUUUCACCUAAACCUAUCAACCAACCCUAUCGACUAAACCUUUCAACCAAACCUGUCACCUAAGUUGCCAUCGUUGUAUUCUAUGACCUUGGAACUAUUGCAAAAUAAAAGAGGAGGAAAAGAAAGCAACUGUCUGACUCAUGAGUUGAGCCCAGCUCAUAACCCGAGUAGAUGAACAUCCUUUUUCAAGUGGGGAAACUGCACACUUACCCUCAGAAAAUCAUCAAUAAUAGUCACGCGUCAUUGAAAGUGGGGGAACACUUGAUAUAUAUAUAUAUAUAUAUAUAUGAUAACCUAACACAUUAAAUUAAUCUAAUAGACAAGUACAUAAGUAGCAUGGGGCUGCACAGUGGCGUAGUGGUUAGCACUUUCGCCUUGCAGCAAGAAGGUCCCUGGUUCGCGUCCCGGCUUUCCCGGGAUCUUUCUGCAUGGAGUUUGCAUGUUCUCCCUGUGCAUGCGUGGGUUUUCUCCGGGUACUCCGGCUUCCUCCCACAGUCCCACAGCUGUUGGCGCUGAGCCAGGCCAGGCUGCCGUCGUGGGAGAGACCAGACAUCCCAGCUGAGCUCCGCAGAAGGAGGAGAGGAUGCCAGGCAGGACUGAAGUGUAGGGAGAAGAGGAGACGCUACAAGCCGUCCGUUCAAUCCGUAAUAAUGGGGAAUGUGAGGUCUCUCCCGAAUAAGAUGGAAGAACGGACGGCGCUGACCAGGCUGCAGUGGGAGUAUAGGGAGAGCAGCCUCAUGAUGUUCACGGAGUCAUGGCUGAACGAACUCACUCCGGACUCACUUUUAACUCUGGACGGAUUCCAUCUGGUCAGAGCAGACCGGAACGUGAGGGAGAGUGGUAAGAGAAAGGGUUGGAGCUUCAUGAUGUAUGUGAAUGAGAGAUGGUGUAAUGCUGGACACAUUAGCGUUAAAGAGCAGCUCUGCACUAAGGAUGUAGAAUUACUGGCGGUCAGUCUGCGUCCGUUCUAUCUGCCCCGGGAGUAUUCACAUGUAAUAGCCAUUACUGUGUACAUCACUCCCUCUGCUGAUGCGGCUGCAGCCUGUGAACUCAUCCACAGUGUAGUGUCCCAGCUGCAAACAUCUCACCCUCAGUCUCUUAUCAUCAUCUCAGGAGACUUUAAUCAUGCAUCGCUCUCUGCCACUCUCCCCACGUUCACCCAGUACGUGACCUGCCAUACCAGAGACAAUAAAACCCUGGACCUGCUGUAUGCAAACAUCAAGGAUGCAUACAGCUCCUCACCCCUCCCCCCGCUGGGCCACUCAGAUCACAACCUGGUGAGACUGCAGCCCAUUUACAUACCUAUGGUGAAGAAACAACCCCCCACCAUCAGGUAUGUGAAGAAGUGGUCUGACGAGGCCACUGAGGUGCUGCAGGACUGCUUUGAGACCACAGACUGGGAUGUGCUGUGUGGUCCACACGGGGAGGACAUUGAUGCACUGACAGACACUGUUACGGACUAUAUCAACUUCUGUGCAGAGAACAUCGUACCGACCAGGAAAGUACGGUGUUUCUCUAACAGCAAACCCUGGGUGUCCCUGGAACUGAAGGCCCUGCUGAAGGAGAAGAGGAGGGUCUUUGGAUCUGGGGACAAAGAGGAGCUGAGGAGGGUGCAGAAGGAGAUAAAGAAGAAGAUCAAGGCGGACAAGGGCAGCUACAGGACCAAGAUGGAAUCUCACCUGCAGGACAAUAACACAAGGGAGGUCUGGAGAGACCUGAGAUCCAUCUCUGGUUACAGCAGAGGCCAUGAGAGGGGAGCUGCAGCAGGAGGCCAGGAGUGGACCAAUGAGCUGAAUCUGUUCUUUAACAGAUUUGACUCUGCUUCCACUCCUCCCCCCUCUCAUCAAAGCACCGACCAGCCAGCUCCUUCUUCACACCUCAGCUCUCUACCACCAACACCACCAACAGCACCCCUCCUCCCAUCCCCGUCUUCUACCACCUCCGGACUCCACAUACAGCCCCAUCACCCCUCCUCGUCUCACCCCCCACCACCACCAUCACCCCUCCUCCUGCCACCCUCCCCCUGCCUCUCCAUAACAGCUGAUCAGGUGAGAAGUGAACUUAAAAAGAUCAAGACCAGGAAAGCUGCAGGUCCUGAUGGAAUCAGCUCCAGACUCCUUAGAGACUGUGCAGAGCAGCUCUGUCAGGUGCUGCUGCACAUCUUUAACCUGAGCCUGAGUCUGGAGAGGGUUCCUCUGUUAUGGAAGACGUCCUGCCUGGUUCCUGUCUCUAAGACCAGGAACCCCAGGGAGCCUAACCACUUCAGACCUGUGGCCCUCACUUCUCACCUGAUGAAGACCAUGGAUAGGAUCGUCCUCAAGAACCUCCGUCCCCAGGUGAGCCAGUAUCUGGAUCCACUGCAGUUUGCCUACUAACCGAACAUUGGAGUGGAUGAUGCAGUGGUCUACCUGCUGCACAGAUCACUGACUCACCUGGAGAAACCCAGCAGCACUGUGAGGGUCAUGUUCUUUGACUUCUGCAGUGCUUUCAACACCAUCCAGCCUUCUCUGCUUAGGGUGAAGCUUGAAGGAGCAGGAGUAGACUGUCACCUGGCUGCUUGGACCAUCGACUACCUCACCAACAGACCACAGUACGUGAGGCUUCAGGACUGUGUGUCUGAUGUGGUAGUCAGCAGCAUGGGGGCCCCACAGGGGACAGUGCUCUCCCCCUUUCUCUUCACCCUGUACACAUCGGACUUCCACUACAACUCUGGGAGCUGUCACCUCCAGAAGUUCUCCGAUGAUACAGCCAUUGUUGGGUGCGUAUCUGAGGGGGACGAGCGGGAGUACAGGACGGUCAUCUCUGACUUUGUGGACUGGUGUGAGCGAAACCAUCUGCAGCUCAACGCCAGUAAGACGAAGGAGAUGAUCGUGGACUUCAGCAGGAGGAGGACAUCCCGGACUGCACCGGUGAACAUCCAGGGUUUGGACAUUGACAUGGUGGACACAUACAAAUACCUGGGUGUUCACCUCAAUAAUAAACUGGACUGGACACACAAUACAGAGGUCCUGUACAAGAAGGGCCAAAGUCGUCUCCACCUGCUGAGGAGACUGAGGUCCUUUGGAGUGUGCAGGACUCUGCUCAGGACAUUUUAUGACUCUGUGGUAGCGUCUGCUAUCUUCUAUGCAGUGGUCUGCUGGGGAGCAGGGAGCACUGAAAGGGACAGAAAGAGACUAAACAGACUGGUCAGGAGGAGGUUCUGUCCUGGACUGUUCCCUGGACUCCAUAGAGGAGGUGGGUGAGAGGAGGAUGUUGUCAAAGCUCACAUCCAUCAUGGACAAUCCCUCUCACCCACUGCAUGACACUGUGGGGUCUUUAAGCAGCUCCUUCAGCAGCAGACUGAGACAUCCACCCUGCAAGAAAGAGCGCUAUCGCAGGUCCUUCAUCCCAUCUGCUAUAAGACUUUACAACAUCAGCAUCACUGGCUGAUGUUAACAUAAACUGGACUAUAUCAUUAUCACCCCAAACCAUAAAAUUUGCACUGACAUUCUUGCACUGCACAUCUCUGCACUUUUAAACUUUAUUUUUAUUUUUUCUGUUAAAAAUUUUUUUCACCCUUGUAUAUAUUGUAAAUAAAGCUGCUGUAACAAUGUAAAUUUCCCCUGGAGUGGGGAGAAAUAAAGAACUUUAUCUUUA